GUCUCCUGUAAACAUCAGCAGAAGAAGAUCCAGCAGACGUCAGGCGCUGCAUCAGCUCCAUGUGUUGUUAUCCGACAGCUUCAGUGGUGCGCUCGUUAUCGGGUCUGUGAUCCAGCGCGCGUGUAUUUGACUGUGGUGGUCUGGUCUGUUAUUUAUCGUGUGUUUUUGAGGGUGGUCGGGUCUGUGAUCCAGCGCGCAUGUCCAUGUUUCCGCAGAGCUGCCGCUCAUGGUUCAGACGGGGGGUCAGGGUGGCUCGUGUGUUCUGUUCCACACAACCCUCCACGCACACCCCCACGCUUCUUUCCCCACAUUCUGCCUUCCUCUCCUGCAGAGGCUCAGCUGGACCUCUCCUCACCGCUGGUCCUCUCAGUGCUGGCUGUAGGACUUUUACUACCUCUGAUGGUGUUCGGAGUGAAGCAGUGGGCCAGGUGCAGCCCACCCAUUAUCACCUGGUGUACACAUGCAAGGUCUGCAGCACCCGCUCCAUGAAGAAGAUAUCCAAGAUGGCCUAUCACAAAGGCGUCGUCAUUGUCACCUGUCCAGGCUGCAGCAAUCAUCACAUCAUAGCAGAUAACCUGGGCUGGUUCUCUGAUCUGGAGGGAAAGAGAAACAUAGAGGAGAUCUUGGCAGCCAAAGGGGAGACAGUGAGGCGAGUCGAAGGCGACUCCGCCAUCGAGAUUGUUGCUGAGGAGUCGAUUAAAGAGGCAGUGCAGAACAACAGAGACGGAGAUGAACAGCAGGCUACUCCUGUAACAGAUGGCUCUGAAAAAUCCUGACACCUACAGAAACCUCCUGUAUAUGGAUUUAUUUUCUCGGACACUAGUUUUAAACUUGAAUGUAAAAUGAAUUUGUAUAUGUAUCUGUGUUUAAAUAUAUUUCAGAGAUUUUCACA